CCAAACCUGGGCGGGGUUACCUAUUACGCAUGCGCAUAACCGAACAGGCGAGGCAGAAAAGGAGGAACUAAAGGACUCAAGCCCAAAAGGAUGUCCAUCAUCACCAUCCAACUGGGUCAGUGUGGAAACCAAGUCGGCCGCGAAGUGUUUGACACCAUCUGCACCGACUUGCACGGCGGCCACGGAUUGUGCUCCAAAAAGGAGAACGAGUCCUACCUGGCCGCCGGGAGAGAACGGUUUUUCAGUGAAGAGAAACCCGGAGUCCUUGCGGCUCGCGCUGUUCUGGUGGACAUGGAACCCAAAGUGAUUGGCCAGACUUUAUCUCUGGCCUCCAAGUCUGGCUGCUGGACGUACGACCAUCAAUCGCACUUCUGUCAAAAGCAAGGAUCGGGGAAUAAUUGGGCAAAUGGUUACUGCGUCCAUGGGCCCAAACACAAAGAAUCCAUCAUGAACCUGGUGCGGAAAGAGGCGGAGAAAUGCGACCGGCUGAGUGGAUUUCUGACCGUCAUGAGCAUGGCCGGCGGGACAGGAUCCGGCCUGGGCGCCUUUGUUACGGCAGGCCUGAAAGAUGCGUAUCCGAGCUCAUUCCUGCUCAACCACGUCGUCUGGCCCUAUGGAACCGGGGAGGUGAUUGUUCAGAACUACAACGCGGUGCUGACUCUCUCGCACCUUUACCAAUCCUCUGAUGCCCUCCUGGUCCACGAAAACGACGCCGUCCACAAGAUCUGUGCGCAGCUCAUGAACAUCAAGCAGAUCUCUUUCCGAGACGUCAACCGGGUCAUUGCGCAUCAGUUGGGGAGCGUCUUCCAGCCGGCUUCCUCCUCCUCCUCUGACGGAGCUACUCAGUACAGCAGGAGUCCUUUAGGGGAUCUAAUGGAAGUCCUUGUUCCCCAUCCCGAGUUCAAGAUGUUGGGUAUCCGGAAUAUUCCUCAAAUGUCUGAAAACUCCCUCCCGUACACCACGUUUGCAUGGCCCGGGCUCCUGAAACACUUGCGGCAGAUGCUGAUCGCAAACGCAAAAAUGGAAGAAGGUAUUGACUGGCAGGUACGGCCACCCGUCCCUGGGCUCCCGGCCUCUCGGAAAGAGUCUCUAAAGCAGCCGGGCCGUUUUAAUACCUCCAUUGCCAACCUGGUGACCUUGCGAGGAAAAGACAUCCAGAGUGCAGACCUAGGAGGCUUCCGAGACCCUGCCCUGUACACCUCAUGGCUCAAUGCUCCAGAGGACACCCUGACGGUCUGGAAAACCCCAAGAGCCUUUAAUAAGUACGAGAAAUCAGCCUCCCUGGUGAGCAACAGCCAGUUUUUGCUCAAGCCCCUCGACAGCGUGGUGGGGAAGGCGUGGAAAAUGUUCGCCUCCAAGGCUUAUAUUCACCAGUAUACCAAGUUUGGGUUGGAUGAAGACGAUUUCUUGCACUGUUUCACCACUCUGGAGCAAGUAAUUGCCAGUUAUGGCAGCCUCUGAUUUCCAAACCAUCUUGAACCAGACUCUGGCACAAAGUUUUUCUAUGAAUAUAUGUGUGCCUGGAUUCGAGCUACCCACAACAGCACUUGUCUUUUGUAAGUAAUGUAUGUAUUUUUAGAUAUAAUAUAAACCUAUUUUUCUGA